UUCUAUCAUUUUUUAUAAUUCAUAACCGUCGAUCUCGCUAUGGAAUGGUGUUGAGUGGUUUCGAUGUUUAUCUGAAUGUACAUCUGAUGUCGUAGAAAAGUUUAUUCGUACCAAUAUACAAAUAGUUUGCAUUGUUUAUAUGAAGAUAAAACACAAGCACAUACAACAUGACAACUGCAUUAUAUUUAGAACACUAUCUCGACAGUCUUGAGCAUUUGCCGAUCGAAUUACAAAGGAACUUUACGCUAAUGCGGGAUUUGGACGCAAGGGCGCAAAGUCUGAUGAAGGACAUUGACAAGCGGGCAGAUGAGUACUUGAGAAAUAUAAAGAAAGAGUCACCGGAGAAAAAGAAGGAACAACUCGCUUCUAUUCAAAGUCUCUUCAACAAAGCUAAGGAGUAUGGCGACGACAAGGUCCAACUAGCUAUUCAGACUUAUGAGUUGGUCGAUAAACACAUCAGACGACUGGAUUCAGACUUGGCGAGAUUUGAAGCCGAGAUACAGGACAAGACGCUGAAUAGUACUCGAGCGCAAGAGGAGAGCAACACCAGUAAGAAAGGUAGAAAAAAGCUUAAAGAAAAGGAAAAAAGGAAGAAAGGUAAUGUUGCGAGCAGCGAAGAUGAAGCCAAGAAUACGAGGAAAAAACAGAAGAAAGGUGGAUCCGUUGUUUCAGCAUCAUCUACUGGCGCUGUGGGUAGUGGUGCUCAAGUGGACUCGUCAGCAUUAGGACAUCCGGCAGAUGUUUUGGAUAUGCCCGUUGAUCCUAACGAGCCAACUUAUUGCCUCUGUCAUCAAGUAUCAUAUGGAGAAAUGAUAGGCUGUGAUAAUCCAGAUUGUCCCAUAGAAUGGUUCCACUUCGCUUGCGUAGGCUUAACUACGAAACCCAAAGGAAAGUGGUAUUGUCCGAAAUGUACACAAGACCGUAAGAAGAAGUAAAUUGUAGGAAUGUCCAGAUUUUCUAUUUAUAUCGCCACAUUUUUACGGAAAAAGCUACCGUACGGAAUUUCUAAAACUAAUGAAUAACUUACAAUGAAAUAUAAAACAAAAUAAAUUUUAUAUAAAAGGGCGAUUUAUAAGGAAAUUUAUAAAAAAAAAAAAGAGCAUAGAGGUGGUAAUAGGACUGCAUUUAAUCGUUGCAUCUAAUACUGAUAACGUCAAAUGUGGGCCAUUGCUACUAUGUUGUAAAUAAUUGCUAUAAAAACGUUUCAACAAUUGCCUGUUUUACUAAAAAGCAUAUAUAAUUCUCUUAUCAGGAAUGUAUAUCUUGCGUAUCUGUGAACUUUUUCUACAUUAGAAAAAGUUUAGAAUACUUUGAGGCUUAUAUUAUAAAAUUAUUGAAUAUAUUAAAUAUAAUUUAAAAAUAGUGUUAAAAGGAAAAACCAAAACUCUGAAUAGUAUUCGCAAUACAUUUGAAUUAUCUCGUGACAAAUUCUUUGCAAAUACGUGAGAAAUGAGUUCACGAUCUUAAUAAGUAUUAGUCAGUUUUAAUAUGAUAAAAUAAAAUCGACCAUUUUUAAUUUGAUCAUAUAUUCGUAUGCGUGAGAUUUAAUUUUGUUCUGUAAACGUGUCAAAUGAACGUGUCCAAUAAAUUCACACAUGUCAAGUUUUAAC